UUUCCCUUACUUUCUCGGUUAUUUUUUUCUUUGUUGAAUUUAGGGUUCUGUUAUAAGGUUAAUUUAGGGGUUUUUAUUUAUGCAUUUUUUGCAUUGCUUUUGUUUCGACGUGUGUGAAAUUAGGGUUAUACUCUCUAUAACUAAGGAUAUCAAUUACGGUUCUGGAGAAGCACAUCUUGCUACUUAUUCACCUGAAACUAUCAAUGCCUCCACGGACCGUGAAGAGAGGUGCCGCUGCAGCGGGACCUAAGAGGACGGCGAGAACUGCGAGAGGGGCGGCCAAGGGACAGGGUCAGCAGCUGGAAGCUGCUGAAGAGCGUCCAAAGGCGGAGGAAAGCCCGACAAUUACUGAAAAUCCUUUUUUUGAGGAUAAGCAACUUCUUGAAAAACCAAUUUCUGAAGAAAAUCGAGGUUUGGAAGAUAAAAUUGGAGGCGAAUCAGAUGCCAAUGGCUCGGCUCUUUUGAAAAAAGGGGAAGAUGUCAAGGAUUCUGUUCAGGAGUAUGAAAAGGAUGAGCGGUUAGAGCUUGAUGACAAUGAACCUGAAGAAUAUGGUGGGGUGGAUUAUGAUGAUAAAGAAAUUGAACAGGAUGAAGUUCAGGAGGUGGAAGUCGGAUAUGAAGUGGAGGAAGAACAUGAGGAGCAUUUAGGUGAAGAAGAGGAAGAAGGUGAUCUAGUUGAGGAGGAAUUGGAAGAUGUUGCUGAAGAACUUGAGGAGGGUGAAGAGGAUGAUGAGCAUGCUGGUGAGGAGGCGGAUCAUGCUCAGAUGGUUAAUGCAGAGGAAGAGGAGCACCAUGGAGUUUUUAAGGAGAGACGCAAGCGUAAGGAAUUUGAAGUCUUUGUUGGAGGCUUAGACAAGGAUGCUACAGAGGAUGAUCUUAGGAAAGUGUUCACCCGAGUUGGUUUUGCAACUGUGGAACAAGCAAAAAAAGCUGUAACAGAGCUAAAAAAUCCAGUGGAAACUAUGCUGGAGUUUCGUGCUGGUAAAAUGUUUUUUGAGGAAAAGAAGGUUAUCCCUGAUACACGUAAAGGACUUGUUCGCAUAGCAAGGGGUGAGGAGGGAUUGGUCCAUUUUCAGUGGCUUGAUCGAAAUCGGAAUGUUGUUGAAGAUGAUCAAAUUAUUUUUCCAGAUGAGGCAGUUUUUGAGAAGGUGCGCCAUAUUCAUCUAUUGAAUUGUAUCUUUUGUACAUUCGCAAUAUUUAUAUGGGUUAAUCAAGCAUCGGGAAGGGUUUACAUCUUGAAGUUCAAUACAGAUGAUCGAAAAUUUUUCUUUUGGAUGCAGGAGCCUAAAGCUGAAGAUGAUUGGCAAUUGUGUAGCUCUGUCAACUAUUAUAUUAACCGACCAUUAGAGUUUCUUGGUGAGGAAGAGCCUGAUGCUUAUGCUCCUUUACAAGUUUCUGAAGAUAUGGUUGAAGAUGAUAUCUCUUCAAGGGCUGGUAACUUAGUUGUACCAAAUUUAGGAGCAGAAGUAAGUGAUGUAUCCUCUUCUUCAGGACCAGUAAAGUUGGAAGACCUACAAAGAAUAUUGAGUAAUAUUGGGCAUGGAGGUGGUGCUGGAGAUCCUGAUGCAGGCUUGGGAUUAGGAGAUAUUCUGAAGCCUGAUUUAAUAUUACCAUUUAUUGACACAUUGCCAUUGGAAGAAAGAUUAGCAUCAUACUUGCCUGAGGGUCAGUGGACACCAGAGGAUAUUUUGGAGUUGCUGCAGAGCCCACCUUUUCGUCAACAAAUGGAUUCUUUUACCUACGUACUUCGAACUGGACAGAUAGAUUUGUCUCAAUUUGGGAUCGACCCUAGUAAAUAUAAGUUCACAGUUCUCUCUUUUCUGGAGGCACUUGAAGAUUCAGUAUCUCCAGUGUCAGAAGAAUCAAGGCAAGAGGACAAGGAUUUAACAUCCCAGUCCUGUGAUCGAAAUGACCCCAUGGACGAGAGCCACUAGUUGAGGUCUUUCGGUGCAACCUGUUGUGUAUUUCUCAGGCUCACUUAUUACAGGAGUAGAGACCUUCUCCCUGUUCCAUUUUAGUUUUCUUUUUUCUCAUAUACAUCUGGCAGUGGGAAGAUUGAAAAGUAUUCAAGAAAAGGCGUCUGUUUUAACUUAAUUUUGGUUAAUGUGUAUGCAUAGCAGUAACUUUUUUUAAAUGAAUUGUUUUGGAAACAUUUAGGGGAGCGUUCUGGAGUUGUCUAUCAUUGUAUGGGAUGACAUUGAUUCUCUGAGGAAUUUGAAGACGACUCAAGGAGCUGUAAUGCUUUGCCAUGUUAUUA